UCCUCCCCAACACCCUCAACGAACCUACAGGACAACCACGAGCUUGCAUCUCUUUGCGUCGCUGCCCGUCCCCCGCCGCCCAAGCCCCUAUCUCCUCCCCACGCCAAAGCAGCAGCAGCAGCAGCAGCAGCAGCAGCAGCAGCAGUUCCAUCACUGGGGGCCCCCGGGGGCCUCCAGGGGCCCCCCGGGGCUUUCGAGGGGGCCCCCAAGGCAUUCAGCUCAUCUCUAAACAGAUCGGCCAAUGAUCCCAGGGAGUUUCGUUCCCGCGUAAAUCCCUGCCCAGACUUGCAGGCCCUGCAAAGCAUCUUUGUGCUUUUAAUUCGCUGCUGGACCCUCACUCUUUGGGCUUUGACGAUUUUGCUGCUCUCGUCAGCAGCGCCUGGCCUGCCGUGGAGAUCCGAAGCAGCGAGCAGCAGCAGCAGCAGCAAGAGCAGCAGCAGAAGGCAAGAGCAGCAGCAGCAGCAGCUGGGGGAGGCGCACACCAAGGGCGAGAAGGAAGAGAAGCAGGCAGGGGAGACGCAGCUCGCAGAGACACAGGAGGGCAAGCAGCAGCAGCAGCAGCAGCAGCAACUGCAGCAAAGCGCAGAUGAAGCGGAGGCUGACGCAGCAACGAAGGACGAACCCAAAGAGUGUCCGCAGCAGCAGCAGCAGCAGCAACAGCAAGAAGACGAACAGCAGCAAGAAGAGAAGCCAAAGCAACAGCAGCAACAGGAGAGUCAGGAGGACGAGCAGCAGCAGCAGCAGGGUGGCAAUGAAGAUGCUGAAGCAGCAGCGAAACAAAGAAAACUGCAGCAGCAGCAGCAGCAGCGGCAGCAGCAGCAAUCUGGCCCUGUUAUUUACUAUGUGAGGCCUCUGCUGUCUCUCGAGGCACACCUUUUCAGCAACCUUUUGUUUGCCCUCAUUGCCGAUGCAGCAGCAGCAGCAGCACAGCAGCAGCAGCAGCAGCAGCAGCAGCAGCAGACGACGGCGAUGCUGCAGCAGAGGUCCCAGCGCCAGCAGCCUUUGAAGGCAUCCCGUUUGCUGCCUUGCCCAAGCUAUGGCAGGUAA